UGAUGACCACGAGGCCUCCGCUCUAAUCCGUCUGGAAAAGAAUGUACCAAACAAGGGAGGAGAGAUGAUAAAAUCCGAGCACAAGCACACACACACACGCACACACACACACACACACAGAGGUGGGUUUUUAUUCCCGCGCACUCCGCUGAGUCCGUGUCUGUAAGGAACAGGGAGAUGAAGAGGAUGGUGCCGCUGAUGAAGGCGCUGCUGUGCUGGUGCGUUCUUUGCGAGUUCGCGCGCGGUGUCCGUGCGCAGUUUCCGCGCGCGUGCAGCACGGUGGAGGCGAUCGAGUCGAAGCGCUGCUGUCCGUCCCCGAGCGCCGAUGCCGAGGACGCGUGCGGCGCGCGCUCCGGACGCGGGGCCUGCGACACCGUGCGCACGGACACGCGGCCGUGGGGCGGAACGUACACGCUGCGCAACGUGGACGACCGCGAGCGCUGGCCCACCAAGUUCUACACGCAGACCUGCACGUGCUUCGGUAACUUCGCUGGUUACGACUGUGGCGAGUGUAAGUUCGGCUGGACGGGGCCGAACUGCAACCUCCGCAAGCCUCCUGUGAAACGGAAGAACAUCAUGUCUCUGAGUGUGGAGGAGAGGCAGAUCUUCCUGGAGGCGCUGCAGCGUUCCAAACGCACCGUACACCCUCAGUACGUCAUCGCCACCGAGCACUGGCUCGGCCUGAUCGACCGCGAAACCAACCAGACACGCUUCAGCAACAUCAGUGUGUACGAUCUGUUCGUCUGGCAACACUACUACUCCGUGAGGGACACUCUGCUCGGUCCCGGACGGCCGUUCAAAGGCAUCGAUUUCUCCCAUAAAGGCCCCGCCUUCAUCACCUGGCACAGGUACCAUCUACUGAGUCUGGAGAGAGACCUUCAGAAACUGAUUGGCGAUGAAAAUUUUGCUAUCCCUUACUGGAAUUUUGCUACGGGUGGCUCGGAGUGUGACGUGUGCACUGAUGAGCUUUUGGGAGGAGAAGACCCCAGUGACCCCUCACUCAUCAGCCCUAGAUCACCCUUCAGUGACUGGGGAAUCGUGUGCAACAGCUUGGACGAUUAUAAUCGUUUGGUGACGCUGUGUAACGGGACGAGAGAGGGGCCUUUACGUCGCGGUCCGAAGGAAAGAGGCAACAUUACUUUGCCGACGAAGGACGACGUGCACAGCUGCCUCCAGUUACGAGACUUCGACAGGCCGCCAUAUUUGACCAACUCCACCUUCAGCUUCAGAAACACGUUGGAGGGUUUCGAUAAAUCGGACGGAGAACUCGACAGCGCUGUGACGGGUUUACACAACCUCGUCCACGACUUCCUCAGCGGCACCAACGCGCUGUCUCACUCUGCCGCCAACGACCCCAUCUUCGUGGUGUUACAUGCCUUCACAGACGCCAUCUUUGAAGAAUGGCUGCGCCGCUUCCCGAAAGAAGACAGUUUUCCUGAAGAAAUGGCUCCGAUCGGCCAUAACCGCCAUUUUAACAUGGUUCCCUUCUUCCCUCCGGUCACCAACGAGGAAAUCUACAUUCCCUCUGUCGAGCUGGGCUACUCCUACGAGAUCGACCUCGCAGACGCAGGUCAGUCCUCAGCUGCGUUUGUUGUCGCCGGCUCCUGCCUCGCUCUUCUCGUCCUCAUCCUCCUUUUGGUUCUGUACGCACGGCAGAGACGCAGACGCGAGUACGAGCCGCUCGUCAGCUCCGGAUACGCUGCUGUGAAAUACACUGAGGACGCCUGAUCAGAAAAAGAAUUUUAAAAAUAGUGCAAUCAUUACUGCGGUGUAUUUCUUUAAGGCAUUGCUGCAUUCUGAACAAUAUAUUAAAACAAAAGCAAUAAAACUAUCGUGAAUCACGCUAGCUAACGAAUCAUCGCACUAGUCAGCACACUACUUUAUUCCUCACGCUAAUCUCACGCUACCAUCAUGCUAAUGUUGUAGCCUAAUGUUUUCACUCGCAUGCUAGUUCUUAGAAAGCCAGGAAGGUCAAAAAAAUGUACGUGAUUUUAAAUUUUUUGAAUGUACUACUCCAUUUUGAAUUAUUCACUUUAAAGUGUUUUUCUAAAUGCUUUUAGUCACAAUGAUGAAUGUGUGCUACGUCGAUUGCUAAUUAUUAAACUCUGUGAUUUUGUUAUUCCAUAAA